UGAAUAUAAAGGCGCGAGCGCCGAUUUUCCGGAUCGAUCGAGUUGGAGACAAACCCUAAUCGCGUACCAGUGGACUAGCGAGAGAGAGAGAGAGAGAGUGAGAGAGAGGGCGAGAGGGUGUUUGUGUUCGUGAGAGAGAUAGGAGAGAGAGCAUGUCUGCGACAGGCGGUGGCGGUAGUGGUCAGGAGGAGGACAAGAAGCCUGGCGAUCAGGCCGCCCACAUCAAUCUGAAAGUCAAGGGCCAGGAUGGUAAUGAGGUCUUUUUUAGGAUCAAGCGAAGCACACAGUUGAGGAAACUCAUGACUGCAUACUGCGACAGGCAGUCUGUAGAGUUAAACUCCAUCGCUUUCUUAUUUGAUGGGCGAAGACUUCGUGGUGAGCAGACCCCUGAUGAGCUUGAGAUGGAGGAUGGCGAUGAAAUCGACGCGAUGCUCCACCAAACUGGGGGAUACUGAUGUAUUUCUUGGGGAGGGACACACCUAUUUCUAUGACUCAAUUGUUCAAGUAACUGUAAUAGGUUCUAUGGAAACUUGAGUUGUGGCUUUAAUUGAAGUUUAGGCUUUGUUUUGUCUAUGUCCAAGCCUCAUGUGCUUAUUGUUACUCUGGUGGGGAGUGGAUUGAAUUCUGGUGUCAUUUGGAGUCACUCUCGUCUCACUGCUGUGAAUGUUGUAGUCUGAAGCAAGUAAAAUCUGAGUAUGGAACAGAAAUGCCCGGAGCAUCAUUGCUUAAUGCUUAUAGUUGUGUUGUCC